CAGAACCUGGUGAGAUUCCCGGAGGCAAAGCCGCGGAGUAGGAGGGUCUCUUCCCCUUGGAACUCUCAAUCCACAAGCGUGUCUCACUCAGCGUCUGUCAGCUUUCUUUCCUUUGCUAAUAUUUUACCCUAGUGCCUUCUGCCUCAGGCGUGCAGUCACUUGGGGUGCCCACUCCCCUUUAAAGUGCAAGAGCAACAAAAGGGCGGCAUGAGUAAGUGGAGUGCCUUAGGCCAGCUCCUGGAAGAGUCUCAACCCUACUCCAGAGCUGGAGGAAAGAUAUGGCUGCAGAUCCUUUUCGUUUUCCGGAUUCUGCUCCUGGAGACUGCCAUCGAGUCAGCCUGGAAUGACGACCAGCUCAAUUUCCACUGCAACACUCAGCAGCCUGGUUGUGAAAAUGUCUGCUAUGACCAAGCUUUCCCGAUCUCUCACGUGCACCUCUGGGUCCUGCAGAUCAUAUUCGUGUCUGUGCCUACACUCUUAUACCUGGCACAUGUGUUCUAUGCCAUUCGGCAGAAAAAGAAGUCGAAGAAGCAAGAGAAGGAACUGGGAGUUGCUCGCUUUGAUGGUGCCAGUGUGGAAAUGCACUGGCAGAAAAUUGAAGUAAAGAAGUCCAAGUAUGGCAGUGAAGCCCAUAGUAAGGUGAAAAUUAGAGGCAGGUUGCUGCUGACCUACUUACUCAGUAUCUUCUUCAAGUCUGUCUUUGAGGUGACCUUUGUGCUGAUCCAGUGGUACAUUUAUGGAUUUACCCUGAAGGCAGUUUACAUUUGCGAACACUCUCCUUGCCUGCAUCAGGUGGACUGCUUCCCCUCUCGCCCCACAGAAAAAAGCAUCUUCAUCGUCUUCAUGCUGGUGGUGUCUCUGGUAUCUUUAGUCUUGAAUAUAAUUGAGCUGGUCCAAGUCUUAUGUAACACCGUUAAGAAUUGUGUGAGAGAUGAGGAUGAGUUUUACUAUGGUACAGCUGAUCUGCAGAGCCUUUCCCAGGAGUCCUCACCAAGUGUUCUCACUGCCAUGGUUCCUAAGGAUCAAGCGGGUCCUGUGAAACAAGCUUCAGUCUAUGUUUAAAGUGAGCAAAACUACAUCAGUUACAGUGCAUAACAGAGCCAAAGCAGGGAAGGGCAGGCAGGCCCUGCACUCAGCCUUGUCUUCACUCUGAUGAUGAGCAGAAUUUUCAGAGGGUUUGGGUGGAGAAAAAGCAAAACAAAGAUACUGAACACUAGCGUUGUAGAGUAACAGAUAUCCAGCAGUAGUAGUGGUCAUGACAAUAGCAGCCUGAUAUCCUAGAUAUUGCAAUUUGGGCUUGAAAACAUUGUGAUUUUGCUUGGUUGCUAAAGGGAAUCAAAGUGUAGUAGAAAGUGUACCCAUGCUUCAGUACAGCUGGUGUUCAGUGGCCUCAAUUGUAAAAAUUAGCAAAUACAAAGACAUUAGACCACAGGGUCUGGGAUUGAAAGUGGAAGAGACUUGUAACCAAGACAUGUGUUACUGUUUAAAGUGCUCGACUCUGGAGGCUUAGGCAUCUAGCUCACUGGUAGAUGGUUUGUUUAGCAUGUGUAAGACCUCAAGUAGCACAAGAAUGAAAAGAUAGUAACUUAAACAAAUGAACUAAAUAAAUAAAAUGAUUGACUCAAAGAACUUCUAGUCCAAAUAUAACUUGUAUUAGGCAAUGCAUAAGGGCCAUUCCUCUUCCAUAUUACCUUAGAAUGGUUCUGUGUAUGGGGAAGAGUGAUUUAUUAUUUAUCCAUAGAAGCAGAUAUGGUGUAAAUGCACAAACCUACAUUUUAAAGUAAUACAAACAUACCAUUGAAAGUUGAGACUUUCUCUUGGAUUUUAGUAUUUGAGUCCAUACUGUGUUUAUACUGUUUAGUUCCUGAUGUAAAAGUAAAUUAUCUUUUCCCUUAAAAUGCAUCCCCCAAUUUAUUGAAUGAUGUAUAAUAGUUCUGUUGAUUAUAAUGAGUUGUCUUUUUUUCUUGUAUAUUAUAGCAGCAAUCAUAUUGCUGGCAGAAACUAUUUUUCUUUUCCAAGAUAGAGCCCCAAAUGAAACAAUUGUACUGAAAACAGCACUUGUGAACACUACAAACGUAAAGAAAUGCUUAGAGGUGAACUAUGAAAUGUGCCUACAUGAAUUUGGUAAUAGUGGAAAUUCUUGACUUUCUUCUACAUAAUGCAUAUUAAUUCAGAUGUUACCUUCUGCUGUGAGUUUGGCAGUCUCUUGGGAUGACUGGCAUUUUUCAUGUUCAUAUUGAGAUUUUAUUUGGAAAGUAGGAGAGGGUGAGGAAGGUUUGUGAAAUACCUGUGUAACUGAUUUGAAACAAGUAAGAAAUAAUACCCA